AUGGCUCGUUCAACCGCAUACAAGGCCAUCGCGGCCGCCUCUUUCCUUUCACAACUCUCGUCUGCCGCCAUCACGGCCUGCCCGAACGAUGAGGUCGUCUGGGAGACGCCCAUCGGCGUCAAGUACACCGUCUGCCCUGGUUCCGACUAUCAGUUCGGAGGCGGCAGUCUCCAGGUCGUCAGAGACGUCCAGUCGACGCUCGAUUGCGUUCAGGUCUGCGACACGGAUGCCCGCUGCGACAGGGCCGUCUACGACAAGGAGGGCAAGAUCUGCCACGUCAAGAACAGCAAAGCCGAGUUUUCCUGGGCGGCCGAUGGUCGCUUCGACGCCAUCCGCAUGACCAACGACUUUGCCGAGGGCACCUUCCUCGCCACGUGCCCCUUUGAUGAGGCGGCCUACCGCGUGCCCAACACCAACGCCGACUACCGCGUCUGCCUCAACACCGACUACACGGGUGCCAGCGCCAAGAUGGUCAACGACGUGACCACCAUCCAGGCUUGCGCGGAGCUUUGCUCAAACACGCAGGGCUGCAAGAAGUCCGUCUUUGACCACGUCAACAACGUCUGCCACAUCAAGGCUGCCGAGCCCGAGGCGUCCCUCUUCUGGGUCCAGAACAAGCAGUUCAGCACCAUCCAUGUUCCCGAGCGCAUCAACCCGGCGGUCCAGGGGAGAUGGGGCGAUCUCAUCCGCCUGCCUGUGAUCCCCGUCGCCGCAUACAUCGUCCCAUCGUACCCCGAGCCCAACAGGCUGCUGUUCUUCUCCUCCUGGGGCAAGGACGCCUUUGGCGGCGCCUCGGGCCUGACGCAGUACGGCGACUACAACUUCGCCACGGGCCAGAUCUCCAACCGUACCGUCGCCAACACCCGCCACGACAUGUUCUGCCCCGGCAUUAGCCAGCUCCAGGACGGCCGCAUCAUCAUCCAGGGCGGCUCGGACGCCGAGGCCGUUAGCAUCUACGACCCCGCCACCAACGAGUUCACACGCGGUCCCGACAUGAAGGUCGCGCGCGGCUAUCAGACGUCGUGCACGCUCUCCAACGGCAACGUCUUCACCAUCGGCGGCGCCUACUCGGGCAAGCGCGAGGGCAAGAAUGGCGAGGUGUACGACCCGGUCGCCAACGAGUGGACCUACCUCCCGGACGCCGACGUCACGCCGAUCCUGACCAACGAUCACGAGGGCAUCUGGCGCGAGGACAACCACGCCUGGCUCUUCGGGUGGAAGAACGGCAGCGUCUUCCAUGCGGGCCCGGGCAAGGACCAGCACUGGUUCGGCAGUGCAGGCACCGGGUCCGUCAACAAGGCGGCGACGCGCGACGACGACGACGCCAUGUGCGGCAUCUGGGUCAUGUACGACGCCGUGGCUGGCAAGAUCCUCUCAGCGGGCGGCAGCCCUGACUACACGGACAGCGUCGCCACGCAGCGCGCGCACGUGACCACCAUCGGCGAGCCCAACACGCCAUCCGAGGUGGAGCGGGUCGCCGACAUGGCGUUCCCGCGCGGGUUCGCCAAUGCCGUGGUUCUCCCCGACGGGCAGGUGCUCGUCACGGGCGGCCAGCGCAAGUCCAUGGUCUUCACCAACACGGACGGCAUCCUUGUGGCGGAGCUCUUCAACCCGGAGACCAAGGAGUGGAAGCAGAUGGCAGCCAUGGCGGUGCCGCGCAACUACCACUCGGUGUCGAUUCUCAUGCCGGACGCGACCGUCUUCACGGGCGGCGGAGGGCUGUGCUAUGUCGCGACCAUCGGCGCAUCGUCAGCCGGUUGCGACAAGACUGUCGACCAUGCCGACGGCGAGAUCUUUGAGCCCCCCUACCUGUUCAACGAGGACGGCAGCCACGCGGCGCGACCCGUCAUCGCGGCCAUCGGCGAGGAGCCUGUCAAAGCCGGCGCGACGCUCAAGUUCACGGUUGAGGGCGUCGAAGGCCAGGGCCGGGUUACCCUCAUCCGGACAGGGUCCGUUACCCACAGCGUCAACAGCGACCAACGCCGCAUCCCGCUCAACGACAUCCAGGUCAACGGGCAGGAAUACUCUGCCAAACUGCCCGAGGACUACGGCAUCCUGCUCCCGGGAUAUUACUAUCUCUUCGUCUCGACGCCGCGGGGCACACCUAGCAUUGCAAAGACUGUGCACGUCAUCUUGUAG